AUGGGGAAGGCGCGCCUGGCGACGUGCGUGGUGGCGGCAGCGCUGGUCGUCGCGGCGCUGGUCGCCGCGGUGAUGGCGACGUCAGGCAGAGCGAAGUCCGGGACGGGCGGGGCGUCGACGGCGCAUUGCAACGCGGGGCAGCUGAUGGUGUGCGCGGCAGCGAUCAUCGGCGGGGCGGCGCCGUCGGCGUCGUGCUGCUCGAGCCUGCGGGUGCAGCAGGGAUGCUUCUGCCAAUACGCGCGCAACCCAGCGUACGGUAGGUAUAUUGGCAGCCCCACCGCCCACAGGGCCAUCGUCGCCUGCCGCGUCGCCGUUCCGAGCUGCUAGCCAGGCGGCCGACCGCGGGCACGAUGUAUAUGUGUGAGUGUGAACUGUAUAUACUGUAUACGUCUCGGUCUCGUACUUGUAUUUUCGAGCUAAAAUGCGCUUCAAUGUCGUGUGUGUUAGAAUA